AUGGCUGCAGGGCCGCUGGUGCUAUGGAACCACCGGUCGAUGCAGAUCCUGGUCCUCCUCAGCCUCGGGCUCCAGCUCGUCCUCUUCGUCUUCGCCGGGAUCCGCCGGCGUCAGACGCUCCCCGUGCGGAGGUUCCUUCUGUGGCUAGCGUACCUCAUGGCUGACUCCACCGCCGUGUACGCCGUCGGCCACCUGUCGUUCGGCAGCGCCGUGCGUGAGAACCAGCUCGUCGCGUUCUGGGCGCCGUUCCUGCUGCUCCACCUCGGCGGCCCGGACAACAUCACCGCCUACGCGCUGCAGGACAACCAGCUCUGGCUCCGCCACCUCACCGUCCUCGUCGUGCAGGUCCUCGGAGCGGGCUACGUCCUCUACAAGCACAUCGCCGUGGCCGGCGGCCAGGACAGGAAGCUGCUCCUGAUCGCCUCCAUUUUGAUGUUCGUCGUCGGCUUCGUCAAGUACGGGGAGAGGACGUGGGCGCUCAAGUGCAGCACCCUGGAGAGCAUAGGCGCCUCCCUCAGGACGCAGCCGCCCGCCAUCCACAACCAUGUCCACCCUCAGGACGAAGCUCCGGGGGAUGAGUUCCACCUGCGACGAGCCCACUCGCUGUUCCACAUCUGCAAGCGCGCCAUGGUCGAUUCCUCAGUGGUCGAGGAAGACUACAUGGACAUGGACGGCCUAGAAGAGUACACCAGCAAGCUGAUACAACGUGUCGAGCUGUGGACGCUGAUGGAGAUAGAGCUCUCCCUCAUGUACGACAUCCUGUACACCAAGGCGGCCGUGGUGCACACCUUCCGGGGCUACCUAAUCCGCUUCAUCUCGCCGCUCGCCGUCGCCACCUCGCUGCUGCUGUUCCGGUUCACCCCCAAGGAUGGCUACCUCAGAGCCGACGUGGCCAUCACCUACGUCCUGCUGGGUGGCGCCGUGUUCAUGGAGACGACGUCGCUCCUGAACGCACUGGCAUCGUCGUGGACGUUCGCGUUCCUGAGCACCACGCGGUGGAAUUGGCUUCGGUACGCAGCCCUGUGCAACAAGAGAUGGGACAAGCUCCGGCGCGCCGUCGUGUGGCUUCAUGAUCUUGUCAAGGGAGGAGUUGCCGGUAACAGUAGGUACACGUCCAGAAGGUGGUCAUACACCAUCGGGCAGUACAACUUGCUGCACUUGUGCACGCGCCCCGCCGACACGCCGCUCACCAGCCCUCUGCUUGGGAGGCUGGCCAGGGCACUGGCACCCGAUGAGUGGUGGAACAGGAAGCACUACUCGGCGACCGUCGAGAUGACCGAUCCGAUCAGGCGUCGUAUCUCUGUGUACAUGAGCCGACUGUACAGCAAGGGCAGGUUCAACGCUGCCAUGCUGGGGAAGAAGUGGGGUGAGUACCCACUAGGCCGCCGCGGGCUUUACCGCGGCAUCCUCAAGGACUCCCUCGGCAUCGAGUUUCAGGAGGGCAUCAUCAUCUGGCACAUCGCCACCGAGGUCUUCCUCACCAAGAGCGAGAGAGCCAAAGCCAUGGACGCCGCGCCUGACGUGCACGCCAUCAGGGUGAUGUCCGAUUAUAUGAUGUUUCUCCUGGUGGAACGUCCCUACAUGCUGCCAGGCCAGCCCCAGAAAAGGUUGUACCAGCGGACCUGCGAGAGGCUGGUCACCAGGAGAUCGACUGAUCCUAGGUACCCUAGCCGUGCACGCGUCGUCAAGGAUCUGUUCCGUGUGUUUGAUGCCCCACACUCGAGCAUUUCUAGGGUUGCCGAGAGAGAGGAGCUCGCCAACAAUCUGUACGAUGAAUACGAGGACCAGGAGUUCAGCCACCUUGCUCCUCGUCUCACUCACAUGGCUCAACUCGCCAAGGAGCUGCUGGAGAAGGAGAAGGAUGGCACGAUAGACUCCUUGGAGCUUGUCCUUGACGUGUGGAUGGACAUUCUCGUCUACGCGAGCAACAAGUGCAGCAGGGAGUCCCAUGCCCAGAAGCUCAACAGUGGUGGCGAGUUGACGACCAUCUUGUGGCUUAUGGCAGAAUACAUCUACCAAGCGUCGGUUGCCCAAAGAGAUGAUGUAGUAUAA